AUUGUAUUCAUUCUGUUGCAAACAUUUGUGGCAUAAACACCGUUAAUCGUGUGCAAUCAAAGUUUAAUAAAAUUGAAUCCCAAAAUAUAAUUGUCAUCGUGUAAUUUAUUGCAAAUUGAAAGUAAAAACAUAAUAUCACGCUUGCUCGAAAUAGGUGUUUUGUAAGCGAUUGAGAUAAAGGUGUAAUUGAAUCGAAUUCAACAAUUAUAAAAAACUUGAUACUUUCAAAAUGGUUAAACCGUUGAAUUUUCUCGAUGCCGAAACAUCACACCUUGAUUCGCAACUGCGUAUUGUUCACAAUGAAUUGGAAGACAAUUUGAACGAAAUGUUUGGCGGUGGUGUCAAAGCAGAAGCCGAAAUGGAGAAAUCACAACCGUAUAAAAUUAUAAAACCGGAUCCUGGUUUGUGUGUGAAAGCAUUUCGCAAAACCAAUAAUGAAAAAUGCUUUGUCAACAUUUGCACAUCGGAUGGAAUUCCGCCACCUGAAGACAUCAGCGCUGAUCAACUUACUAUGAUCCUCUCAUCAGAAACACCAAGCAACUACAAAAUUCCAAUGAGCAUCACCGAACUUCGUUUAACACCCGAUAAAUCCGGCAAGGAUGCCAUUGUUUGUGAUGUUGCCAUUCAUCCGCUGUUCUUUCGUAAAGUUGAGGCAAUUAUUAUAUUCCGUGAUUUCUUGAUAACCAUCAUAUUUGAGGCACUCCAUUCGAAAUAUAACAUCGAUAUCAAUCGCGAAACAUGGAUCAUUUUGAAAAAUAGCAGAUGUAUGGGCACAUUGGUGAAGCAUCGUGUUCAAAAUCGUGAUGUUCAAAAGGUCUACGAAUCAUAUCAAAAUCCAACAAAAGAUCACAAAACACUGAUUAACGAGUUCAAAAGUGAUGAAUUUAAUGGUCAACGUAAAAAUCUCAUCACCGAAAUUGAUCCGCGAACAACAAAAUCACCCACAAAUGCAAAGAGUGUUCCAGCCAAAACAACUCGUAAGCUGGUUCAACAUCGUCUUUUCAAAAAAAUAGCCAAUGAUAAAUCGUCGUCGUGUGUAGCUGAAUUCUUUUUGCCUGAAGUCAUGGCUAAAGAUGAAAUCGCUUUGGAUCUGGGACGCGAUCGAAUCGUUCUUGAAGCUCGACGGGUUGGUUACUUAUUCGAUUCAUUUUUCCCAUUUGAUAUUGAUGUUCGUGAAGUUAAAGCGGACUUUGAUAGCGCAAAACAUAUUUUGACUGUAGAAGCACCCAUCUUAUCUUAAGUUGUAAAACAACAUAUUCCAAAAAUCAAAAAGAUAAAGAUUAAAUUAUUAUUUACAUAUUUUUUUUCAAAGUUUUUAAGAAAUAAACUCUGUUCAUUAUAUUCAUUACCACAA